AUGGACCAAAUUCGAGACAACAUCGUACUUGGCAACAUGACCGUCGUCGACUUUCCCUACUAUGAAAAGAUCAAGCGCUACAUGCCCGCAGUGGCGGCCUAUGACGUCAUGGACCACAGUCACAACGUGUAUUGCUUCGAGAAAAUUGGUGCCUACGACAUUUACGGGCUCAUGGUGAACGUCUCGGACGAAGAGUGGCUUGCUUACUCGCUCCAUGAAAUGGAACACCGAGCUCUGACACUGGACAAGCUCAGCGUACAGCACCGGACGAUGGUCCGCUGCAACGUGAUUCGAGACCUCGAUGGAUUCUCGCUCACGCGCAUUUCACGCCCUGCACUGAACCGCGUGCAGAACAUGGUAUCCCUUGCGUCGGCGUGCUACCCCGAAAUGGUGCAAAGGACUCUUUUUAUCAACACUCCGUGGGUGUUCCAAACUGUCUGGAAGGGUAUCAAGCUCUGGCUAAACGACACCCAGCGCGAAAAAUCGGAACAGCUAUACAACGUAUGCCCUCCGGAGAAGCUGCCCGAGCUCUUGGGUGGGAAGCCAAUCAUUGUCAUGGAGAGAGACUUAUCACUUGUAGGUGGCACGAACACCAGUGUGGUCGUGCCUUCUUCGGGACUCCUCGGUAAAGACUCGUAUGGAACGCUUCGCGAAAAUGGCGCGACAGAAGCAGAGAUUCGCGCCCGCGGCGUGCUCCAAGUCCCAUUUCGAGUCAACGCCAACGACACGGUGUGCUGGGAGUUUUCCGUGUUUGCAUACGAUGUGGACUUCACGAUCAAGUUUCGGACGCAAGGCGACGGUGGCGCCGAAGAACACACGGUUGAUGGCUGGGACAAGACUCGGUUCGUCUACGGCCAAGUCGAAGCAGGGUCGUGGACGGCUCCCGGCGCAGGCGUCGCUGUGCUCUGCUGGGAUAACACCUUCUCGUGGACGCGUGCAAAGACCAUUUGCUACAAAGCCAGUGUCGCGAGGGGCGCGGAUGACGCUGACGCUAUCGACAUUAGCGGUCAUCACUCACUCUAAGCACAGGCCUCCCAGGUCUUAGCGCGAGACAACCA